GCCGCACCAUCGCCCCGUCGUCUUUAUUUGACGACGUGGAGCUCUUAUGCAGGCCCGUCGGCCGUACCAUCGCCCCGUCGUCUUUAUUUGACGACGUGGAGCUCUUAUGCAGGCCCCUCGGCCGUACCAUCGCCCCAUCGUCUUUAUUUGACGACGUGGAGCUCUUAUGCAGGCCCCUCGGCCGUACCAUCGCCCCGUCGUCUUUAUUUGACGAAGUGGAGCUCUUAUGCAGGCCCCUCGGCCGUACCAUCGUCCCGUCGUCUUUAUUUGACGACAUGGAGCUCUUAUGCAGGCCCCUCGGCCACACCAUCGCCCCGUCGUCUUUAUUUGACGACGUGGAGCUCUUAUGCAGGCCCCUCGGCCACACCAUCGCCCCGUCGUCUUUAUUUGAUGACGUGGAGCUCUUAUGCAGGCCCCUCGGCCGCACACAUCGCCCAAUCAUCUUUAUUUGACGACGUGGAGCUCUCGUAUAGGCCUCUCGGCCCAUCGGCCUUACGUUCUGGUCAUCUUUAUUUGAUGAACCAGACAUCAUAUUGUGGACGGUCGCUCGACCCAUCCCUUAGUCAUCUUUAUUUGAUGACUAGGACUACUGAUCAUGAUGAGCUACCCACAUCUGGAGAUCGGCCUCGACCAUCCAGCAGACGGGCACCGCUGCAGCUCCAUCUCCAGGCCGAAGGGCUCGCACCUUUUGUUUCAUUUUGGGGGCAUCCGGUGUACUCUUUUUCCCUCAUUAGGAUUUUUUCCCACAGGGUUUUUCCUAAUGAGGUUUUUAACGAGGCAUCUCCCCAUCGUGGAUCAAAAGGUGUCAACCCUCGGCCCCCUGUUGAAGACAUCAUCCGACACGCAUUACUCUACUCCUCUUCACCUCAU